GUAUAUGUAUUUUAACUUUAACUAAAAAUGGAUUUUAUAGGAGAACGGUAUUAUAAACUAAACAGAAUUCUUUUAGUAUGUGUCGGCUUGUGGCCUUACGACACUUCAGCCGUAAAGAAGAUACAAAUUAUAUUUUUUGAAACAUUAUUCAUAUCAAACAUAUUAUGUCAGCUCACCGUAUUUCUCGUGAAUACCUGGACUAUUGCAAAAGUCAUGAAAAUACUCAUGAUCGUUAUUAUUGAUUGUGUUUUUAUAAUAAAAUAUACUGCAGGGUUGCUACUUACUAAUAACAUCAAGUAUAUCUUUAACAGAGUUCGCUACGAUUGGAAAAUAUUGAAAAAUCAGGCGGAAUUGGACAUAAUACAAAAGCAUGCAUGCAACGCAAGAUUCCAUACGAUCAGUUUUACGCUCAUAGGUACUUUUAUUAGCCUGGGAAUACUCAUACUAUCUUCUACAUCAUUUAUACUUGAUGCAAUUAUACCACUGAAUGAAUCACGACCGUUAUGGUUACCGGUUAUAGUAGAAUGCUUCGUCGAUCAAGAAAGAUAUUUCUUUGCUAUUUUAAUAUAUAUUUUCAUAUCCGCGUAUGCAGGCUGUAUAACAAUAGCAGCUAUUGCAACAAUGCUUCUAGCAUAUGCAUUGCACAAUUGCGCCAUAUUUGAAAUUGUCGGCUAUCGAAUAGAGCACAUAUUUGACGAAAAAAUAUUACAAAUGUCAAAAGAUUUUCGGCAACAUAUACUAUAUGAGAGAUUAAUUCAUGCAGUAUAUCUUCAUCGCAGAGCUGUGGAUUUGGCCAAUAUCUUGACGAACAGUUUUGCAACAUUAUACUUCAUAUUAUUACUAUUUGGAGUAGCUUCUACAAGUUUCAGUGUUUUCCAUUUCUUUCAUGUGCUGACACCUUUAAAUGACGUACUUGAAGUAAUUGCGACUACCACGUUUAUACUUUUACAUUUGUAUUAUUUAUAUGUAGGAAAUUAUGUUGGACAAAGUGUCAUAGACACCAGCACAAAUAUUUUCCGAACAACAUACAAUACGGAAUGGUACACAGCACCACUGUGGUUGCAGAAAGUGAUAUUGUUCAUUAUGCAGAGAAGUAGCAUUAAGAGUACCUUAACAGCUGGAGGUUUAUUUGAUGCAUCGUUAGAAGGUUUUGCUUCGCUUAUGAGUAUGUCGAUAUCAUAUGUUAUGUUUAUGCUUUCUACGCGAAGUCAAUAAGAAAACACGCAAGAAGAAUUAUAAUCAUGAUUUACUCGAAUUUGACUUAUAAAUAUAAAAUUCAAUAUAUAGUAUAUGUACUUUGUUGCAUACAUAUUAAUAAAUUACAUUUGAACGAAUGAAUACAUCGAAAAUAUAUUAAUUAUAUUAAUUAACAAACUAUUUUUAAUAUAAUGUAUAUGUAUAUAAUCUACUCUUCGACGUAGGUACGUGCAAGUAUACAAUUUUUGUUCUAAUAUUCUAGUAGUUAGUGAUAUGCCAAAGAACGGACCAUAAUAUCCUUACACUCGUGAAAGCAUAAGUUUUUACAUUUAAUUCAUACUUAAUACUAUAUACUACUAUAUACUACUAUAUACUAAUAAUAAUAUAUUAUAUAUUGAACGCAGAUAUACUUGAUUAUAAAUUUGGAUAAAAUCAUUAUAUUAUCAUUACUUUAAUGUUAUUAAGAAUAAAGGUAGGUAUUUUUAUAUAAUUGUAUAGAUAUGAUAUAUGAUAGUGACCGUACAAAUUUAAAAACCUCGGUUUAUUCUAGAAGGGACAAUGGGAGUGUACGUGUUGAUCGACUGUUUAAUUAUGACAUUGGAUGCUUUUGCAUCGGUAGCCAUGUUGAACAUAGUUGAAGCCAAACAGCUAAUUAAAUAUUAAAUUAAAUAUUAAAUUUAUUCAUUUAUUGUUAUAUUUCUAAAAUUUGCAUUAUGAGCUUUAAUACUAUAUCAGCAUUUUUUCUUUUUCUUUUUCUUUUAGCUAGUAUGACGGUAUCCUAUCUACAAUUUGCUCUGUGCAUUAAAAUCGAAACAAAUGACAAAUCUGACUGUAAAUGAUAAAGCUUUAUUAAUAGGUGUUUAUAAGACAUUUUUUCAUUCACUCCUCUACAAUAAUAUGCAUUUGUGAAAAUA